AUGAAAGGCAGAGAAGGGAAAGGGCCUCCUUCCACUGAUCUCUUGGUAUGUUUUCCUUCUAGAGCUCAUCUUACAUUAAUGCCCAAGCCAAUUUGUAGUCCGGCGAGGCCUCAAGAUACCAAUAAACGGCAACACCACCAUCCCGGCGGCGGCGGCGGUGGCGGCCACCUCAACCACCACCAUCAUCUGAAGAAAUCCAUCAACAGAAAUAAAGUAGCAGGGCAUGCCAGCCCUGUUUUGUGGGCUAAAAACAAAUCAUCAUACGGAAAGGAAAUCGAUGAGCCAACAUCUCCAAAAGUCACUUGUGCUGGACAGAUCAAAGUGAAGCCUAAAGCAAGCUCCUGCAAGAAUUGGCAAUCCGUGAUGGAAGAGAUUGAAAGGCUUCACAAUCAUAGAAAGAACAAGAAGAGGCCUAAUUGGGUUGAAGCAUUGGGAUUCAAGAAAGAUGUCAUGCAAUUCCUAACAUGUUUGCGAAGCAUUCGGUUCGAUUUCCGGUGUUUUGGUGCGUUUCCUUCGUCUUCAAUCACUUCAGAUGAUGAAGAUGAAGAUGAUGAUGGUGAUGAAGAUGAGGAUGAUUAUGAUGAAUUCCAUCAACAUGGCAAUCAUCAAAAACAGGGGAAAGGGAGCAGAGAAUCAGACCAUCAUGAUAGUGAUCAAGCUUCAAGAACUGUUUUUUCAAAAUGGUUUAUGGUUUUGCAAGAGAACAACAAUUCUACAAAGAAAGAAACGAUUAAUAACAAGGACAUUAACAAAUUGAUCCGGGCUAAAUUUUCCCAUGGUGAUCAUGAAGAGGAGACAGAGGAUGAUGAUGAUGAAGCACCUUGUGCUCCUCCACCAAAUGCAUUACUUCUGAUGCGUUGCCGUUCUGCUCCACCAAAAAGCUGGUUAGAACAGAAAGAAGAAGAAGAUGAGGAGGAAGAAGAGGAGGAGGAUGAAAAUGAGGAAAAGAGGAAAAAAGAAGAAGAGGACGCCAUGGAAGAAGAGAAGAGGAAGAAAGAUAAGUUGAUUGUGAUGAGAUGUGGAACUGAUUUCAACAGAAUUUCAUCCGACAUUGCAAGAGAAACAUGGGUUGUUGGUGGAAUUAAGGAAGCAUUAUCAAGAAGCCGAAGUUGGAAGAGAUGAUGAUCAUAUUACAUGCUGAUCAAAAACUCGAGAGUAUGGAACUGAACGUGGAUGAUUGACAAAACUCAAUAAUAUUCAGAAACUUAGCAUACACGAUGUACAAGGGAAUGAGCAGUGUUUUUUUUUUUUUUUGCCUUUUUUGGGGCAUUUUUUAAUUUCAGAUUGUUUUCAUUUCGAUAAUGAUUCGAGGAUAAUAGCUUAUCAAAAUGAUUUAGGUUUUCAGUUGUAAGAAGAUGCUUUCUCACUCCAACCUAAGCGUUGUAUUCAUUUAUAAUCCUGUAGCCAUCCAAACAGAAUUCUUGUUUUAGAAGUGAAAAAAUAUAUAGACUUAAGUUACUCAUUUACUCAAUUAAUCAAUCAUUAGAUUAUUAAUAUAUACUAGUAAUGUCUGGUCGUGCAAUGCGCGACCCUGCCCCAAUAUAUCUGUAGAUCUUAGAAAUGC